ACCCCUGGCCCAACAACAUGAUUCUAACAUUUACUGUAAAUCAAAGCUGAGCAUGUCCGGAAACAUAGCUAGGGACUGGUCUUUAACGAGAUUUCAUGGUAACCACCAACUGCCAUUGUUGCGUGCAGUCUACGUUAGUCACGCGGGGAGUUGGGGGAAGACAGAACUUUGUGGGAGCGUAAUAGUUUCCCUCGCUGUGCUGGAGCCGAAAUUCUCUCUCUGUGUAUUUUGCACCUUCACCCAGGAUGGGCAGACGCACACACACAGUAGCAGGUACAUUUCUGUUUCAAUUUGCCAUUAUGUAUUUAAAGUGUAUUUGUCGACACGAAUUCUACAAGAGAGAUACCCCUAGGUGCGUGAUUUUCUGCUUCAGCCUUUUUCUACUCUACUCAAGUGUCUUUUCAGCAGUUGCUGUUAUCAUCUAGGACUAAAUAUUGAAGCGCUCACUGUCUCUACAAGGAACACCAGAUUAGCCAAUAAUUGGUACUCCUUUGAUCUUUUUACAAGACCUAGAAUAAAUGUCCCGUGUUGUAUUGGAAAGCACGUUUUGUAAGCCUGCAAGGGGCGCUUUCCAGUCUUGAGCAGUUUCAGAGUUCAGCUGCCAAGAUAGGAAGCUCCACUACUGCAAGCGAGGCUGUGCAGGGUGAGCGCUGUAGCCACUCCUGCAUCACCAAGGCUCAGCUCUGGCAUCUGUGCAGCAGAGUAGGGGUGGAAAGAAGCCUGCUGGGACCUGGAGUGCUACAGAGGAGAUGUUACAAUCUGAUAGCUCUGCUGCUAUCAACACUGGCACGAUCGUAACCCUAGGUUUAACUGACAAAGUGACCCUGGUACUAUGUAGGCAUCCUGCCUGCUGGAGGUGGCAGAGCCUUUCAGGCAGUUCACAGUCACUGCUCUAAGUACUUUCUCUUCCCUGACGAGUAUCUUUUCCUCCAGUCCCAAAGGGUCCCAAAUGUCUUCAGGCUUUGCCACUACAGAAUGAGCUCAAGAUCAGGGGUAUAAAAGCUGUGAAUCCCCUAUUUUGCAUGUUAAAGAGACCUAAGAGUAUUUCUGUAGAAAAUGCACAGAGGUUUUUUUUUGUUGGGGGGGGGUGUUUUGUUUUACAAGAGAGGAAGGAGAAGCCACACAAAAAAAAAAACAAAUUCCCACACCAAAAAGCUUACAAGGGAAAUGGCAAAAGCCAUCACAUUGGAGAAAAACCUAAAAUGCCCAGUGCUUUUGUCUUCCAUCUUCCUUUACUCGUACUGGCGACAGGUCACGUAUUCUUUCAGACUGCCCAGAUAGUAAUGCCAUCGGGAAUUCCAGCUGAGUGGGGAAUCCCAGCGGUCAAGAUAAAAGAUGGAUUAGGUAGUCUGCCUCCUUGGCACUACAGGAUACAGCUGCCUCCCACCUUAUGCCCCAUUGUAAGGCAAGGGGAUUGUUCCUUGACUUCUAAUAGAGUAAAUAUGGUAAAAUCCAAGACAUCAGCAUUCAUCCUACAGCAGGAUGCAAUGCAAAGGGGCCGCCUGGUGCAAAGGGGUCUGAAGCACAGUAAGUAACUACGCAAUAUGGGAGCUGCAUGGGAGACAUCUCCCUGGUAGCUUGAGGGCAUCCACAGCCCAGCCCACGAGAGAGUGCCCCAUCCCAAUCCUCUUGUCCAGCACCAACGUCUCACUUUCUACCACAAGCCAUGAACUCACAAGCUCCUGAAUGAACCAAAUCAGCCACAGAGGCAAGUGCAAAAACUGCCAAAUGGGGAUCAGCAAUAGUGUGCGCAACAGGGAGGCAAGGAUGCAUGGCACAUUGGCGGGGGGUCAGUAAAUGCCCCAGUAAUGGUCAGGUCUCUUUGGAGAUGCACAGGCUAGAACAGCAAAGUAAAAGCAACCUGACUGCUGCGUGUACUGCCCCAUGAUGUGGUUGACGUGAAGCUUGUCUGGCACCUUUCACCAUGUUCAGUUUGGAGCCUAAUCUUAUUGAAUCAUCUUCUCUCCUUCUGCAGGGGCCAGUUCUUGUGGGGUUCCCAUUCCAGCUGUAAGCCCAUAACUCACGCCACUCGCACUCAGUCCUAUUCCACUUCCCAAGCGAGCCUGGUGCCUUUGCAAUGAGCUCUGCCCAAGGGACUCCCAGCUUCCAGACACUACCCUUUCCAAAUUCAGUUUCUCUUCGCUGGCAGCUGGGGCAGUUUCAGUCCAAGAUCCUUUACUCUGUGGUCUGAAUAGAAGAAUACCUCACCCAAUCGCUGUGCCUGUCCUCGACUCCUUCCAAGGUGUUCACGGUCCUGAGGUCAGUAGCUUGUCUUGCCUCAUUCAUCUGUCUGAGGGCAGCAGCAGGAGGGAUGGAAACAGGCAGGUCACUUACACCAGGAAAUGUGGCAAACCUGACUGUACAUGUUGGAAAUCUUCUUCCCUUGUGCAUGUAACGCCCUAGAGCACGUGACCCAGGCAGCAGGAGUCAGCAAAGAAAUCAACUCUCCCGCUGACAGAGGGUCGCUCUAAUCCUGAGGGACUGCGGGACAUGAACGAUGAGAACAAAUCAGCUCAUCAAAUACACUCUGUUUGUCUCCUGUUACCUCUUCUGGGUGGCCAGUGGGCUUAUGGUAGCAGUCGGGAUUUAUGCCAAACUCUCCAAGGAAGCAAUUUGCCUGGACACUGCUAAUUGUACUGAUCCUCCAGAUCGUGGCUGCUGUUCUGGGAUUCCUCUUCUCUGGCAUGGUGAUGGAGAAGGCAGCAUUUCUUAUGGGGAAAGCUAUCUCCAGUUAUCGGGAUGACCUGGACUUACAGAAUCUCAUUGAUUACAUACAGAAAAAGUUUGAAUGCUGUGGAGUACAUUCCUACAAGGACUGGUCCCAGAACAUUUACUUUGAGUGUCGAGACUCCAACCCCAGCCUGGAGCGCUGUGCUGUGCCUUUCUCCUGCUGCACCCAAGAGGAUAAAGGAACAGUUCUCACAAGCGUUCUCAACACCAUGUGUGGUUAUGGGACCCAGAAUCUGAGACCAUGGGAAGCAGAGAGCCUGAUUUAUACCGAGGGCUGCUUGGAGAAGAUUGUCAACUGGGGACAAAGAAACCUGCUGCUAGUUGCAGGGCUAGCAAUAGGAUUGUUUGUCCUGGAGGUUCUUGUCUUUUCCCUGGCCAUUAUGCUUAUCUACCAGAUCAACUUCAUCAUACAGAAACGGCAAAGCAUGAGGAGAUGCCCUGAGAAGUAAGACCUGCUCCUAGGAUGAACUCAGAGUGGUCUUUGACACCACGUAGGCUACAGAGAAAAAACUAACUGUAUUGACAAUGCUGUGAAUACCCCAAAGAGGACCGUGACUCAUGCCAAACUGAAUGAAAAGAUACUGUGAAGUGUAUUCUGUGCACAAGACAGAGAUAAGUACACUAAGAGGCCUCUCAUCACCAGCAUCAUCUGAUGGAACAACACUUUCUCUCUCUUCUUCCAUUUUUUUAUCAUAAGGAACUGCACAAAACCAGUCUCUCUCCCAAAUUUUCUGCUGCUUAUUUUCCACCUACACUAGAGAUCCCUGCAUGUGAGUUCACAGGGCACUGCUUUAGAGGACUGUGGUAACUCUCAGAGGAUUCUUACCUGAAUGGGAGGAUCAGAGUGGAUCAGGGAAGUUCUGAAACCUUUCAAAAGUGACACUCCCUGUAAUAACAACAGGGACAGGAAUGGAGAAGUUUGCCCUAAAGACAUAACCAUUUCCAAUCAGUUAUUUCCCCUAUUUUUCAUGAGCUCUUUAAAACCCCUUCUGCUGAGGCCACCAGCUAGGAUAGCCUUGGAAGGUUUUGUAUCUGAGUUUGGUGUUCAUCUUCCUCUUGAACAUUUUAACUAUACAAAUUACAACCAGGAUUGUCUUAUCAAAGAACAAAACUUUCAGGACUGUAUUUUGUCAUCGCCUGUCACAGGCCAGACAGUGCCAUUCUAGUUGCACUUCAACAGAUAUUCCUCACUACUUAUCAGCAGAUCCACAUUUUGUUUUUGUUUUGUUGGUUGUUCUCCAUUUCCUCCUCAAAAAAAUCAGUUUCCUUGCAGUUUUUCAAACUUCUGAAAUAAUCUGAAGUCUGUAGUUGGUGAAGCUGCCAUAGCCUGGAAAGAACUGCUGGUAACUGAGAAUGUGAUUGCUUGACCUGAAGUUUGCUGCUGCCUUCAGCUGAGGAAACUUUGAGACAUUUUCCUGGCAUUUUCCUCUUCACUGUACCAUCUAUUCUGUAGAACUGUAUACCUGAGAGCGAGAAGUUCUUCUGCAGCCUGACAAGCAUGUGGACAAGGAGAGAUCCGUCUGUACAAAAUAAUUCCAUACCACCAGUGAAAAGACAGGAGGCUCCUGACAUUGGAGUUGUUGUGUCGCUUGGCACAUUAAAGUCUUCUUUGUCAACAGGGAAAGUCAUUCUUUGCCCCAGGAUGGUGCUGAUGAUGUUUCUUGUACAAUAUUAAAGUUUCUCUGUCAGCCUC